AUGGGUAAGUCGUUUUGUGGUCAAGAUAAUUGCAAGGGUUGCGCUACGUGCGCGGGCAUCGGUCUUGCUAUUGCUUUCGCCGGCUUCAUUGGUUUCUCGGCCCUCCUUGUCUUGGUCCUUUACAUCAUGGGUAGACUAUACAACGUAAGUCUUGGAGAGAUAUUAAACCAAAUACGCGAUGGAUUCCGUGAUUCCAAGCCCAAACACCAAUAG